AUGGAGGAAAACCUGUCCAAAGCUGUGCCCAAACACGUACACCAUCGCCACAGAACGAGCCUUCACGGAGAUGUUCGUGAUCUAUGGACCACGGCCACUAUGUCCACAGGGAACGUGUCGGUGGCCAACGUCUGCGAGGACUUCGACGAGGAGGGCAGAACUGUAGGGAAGUCUCGCAGGUACAGCCAGUCCAUUUCUAUUCUGGAAAACCUCAACCUCAAGCCAGAAGAGAUCCAGAAGCAAGCGCGUUUGGAGCUAGAGCUGCGCCGUGGCAGAUCCUUGGAGCGCGAUCUCGCGGUAGAUGAGGAGCACGACGAAUCUGUGACCUCCCUUGAAAAGUGUACUUCAGAAUCAUCAGUCAGCCUGUCAAAGCAAAUGCCGCAUCAAGCCUACUGGACAGAGCAGCAGAACAGGCUGCCCCUGCCCCUGAUGGAGCUCAUGGAGAAUGAAGUUCUGGACAUUCUCAGCAAAGCCCUCACUACCUACAAGAACACGAUUGGCAGGGGUCACUACAUGACUAAAGAGCUGCAGGAAUACAUCGAGGGACUCAAGAAGCGCCGGAACAAGAGGCUGUACUAUAUGCCUGUGUGAACCUCCAGCUCAAGUGGCAGACCAGAUGUCAGCUCCGUGCCCUGUCCCGU